AUGCGUAGGACACCACCCCGUCUUGACGGAACACAACAGAAGAACAACAAGCAACAGGUUGAGGAAGAGGAGGAGGAAAAAGAGACAGAACAAGAAGAGGAAGAGAAGGGAGAAGAAGAGGGUCAUCAUGAUUUGGCUAAAUCCUCUCUAUGCCCGUCCUGUAGGCGUGGUUUUGACGUUGCUCUUCUCCUACCAUGCUCCCAUACCCUGUGUGGGCGCUGUGUAGGGGGUGGAGAGGGGGCAGGGCGAUGUGUACUGGAUGAUGAAGGGGACGGUGUGUGCCAUGCUUCCCGUGGUGGCACCCAUUCUGCCCACCACCGCUCUAACAGUGCCCCUGUGUGUGCCGUGCUGUGCCCUUGCUGUCGCCACCCUGUGGAGCUGCCAUGCUGGGAGUGGGCUUCUGCUACCUACUGCCUGCCCCUCGACCCCACCCUGACCCCUGGGUGGACAGCCAGUAGAGCUGGGGACCAGGCAGAAGGAGGGACGAAGGCCUUCUCACAGGUAACCAAGCUUGUUAUUUUCUUUUCAGGUAGGAAGCUAGGCUUAUUUCAACUUUGUUUUAGACAUGUGAGAGGCACACAAGUCUUAUGGAUGCGCAAUCUUCUCCCAUUGCCUUAUUCAAUCUUUGGAUGGAUACAGGUCACACCCUCCAAGUGACCCAGUGACUUAACCCUCCCUAACACACCUUCCCAUUCCUUCCCACCCCACCCCCACUAAUCCCACCUGCAGGGGAAUCCAUUGGGCAGGGACACAGGGGGUGUCACGGACCAGAGCACUGCUGCAUAUGGUGAGUGAAAUGGCACCUUGGCAGUUAGUCUAGGUUAGACACAUUAUGUGAGCUCCAGGUUUAAACUGGGAGACAUGCCAGGCAGUUGUUAUUGCUGUUGCUGUUACUCUUCACAGUGUUGGGUCUCUGGUUCCUCUGAAUACUGGCAGGCAUCAUGGGAAAGUGAGAAUGAAAUGGGUUAAGGAGAAUCUGGCAGGCUUGCUUCCCUACAUGCUUUACUGGUGAGUUCUGUGGCUCUGGCCUCGCAAUCUGCUUCGAGACACGGCAGAGGCCGGCGAUUGUGAUAGGGAGUUCGAUGGUGAGGCAUAUAUCUGUACCAGGGGCAAAGACUUUGUGUUUCCUGGGGCAAAAGUUCAGGAUAUCACCAGGUUGAUGGUUCAUGUGGGGUCAAAUUACAUUAUGAAGGGCAGCUCAGAACAGCUGAAGAUGGAUUUUAAAGAACUGAUUGGGUCUCUACUUGACACCAACAAACGCCCCAUAAUAUCUGGCCCUCUGCCCUCCCUAAAUUGUGGCAUUGAACAGUUCAGCAGACUUUCAGCCUUCCAUAACUGGCUACGAGACUAUUGCAGCUCUGUGGGUGUAACAUUUAUUGACAAUUUUGAUACCUUCUGGAAACAAAGCUCGUAUUAUAAGGAGGAUGGGAUCCACACAAAUCAUUUGGGUUCCUGGAUCCUUUCACAGCAUUAUAAGGCUGCGUUGAGACAAUGACUUAUCAAUGACCCAAGUCCAGCUCAUUUAAUCCCUACCAUUGUGUUGCUGAGUUGUCAUAAUGAUUCAGUAAAUGUAUAUUAUCCUAGGGGCAUUGGAAGACACAAUGUAAAUAACCUAAUUUAUGUCCUUUUUAUAAUAAUAUAAUAUGCCAUUUAGCAGACGCUUUUAUCCAAAGCGACUUACAGUCAUGUGUGCAUACAUUUUUACAUAUGGGUGGUCCCGGGGAUCGAACCCAUUACCCUGGCAUUACAAGCGCCAUGCUCUACCAAUUGAGCUACUGCUGAUCCUACAGCUAUUGGAUGCAGUACUCAUAUGCCUAUGAACCAGAGUAAUACUGUUAGCACUGAGGUGGUGUGCCCUAGUGGGAAGUCCACUUUGUGCAGCUCACCCUGCACUAAUAAAAAUAACCUGAGUAUGUCUACCUCUGCUAAGCUUCCCAGUAAAGCAAGAAAAAUAAUCAAGCAUCCCAGAAAAGUGUUAAAAAUAGCCCACGUUAACAUAUGUAGCUUAAGAAACAAGGUUCAUGAAAUCAAUAAUUUGCUAGUAACAGAAGACGUUCAUAUUCUGACAAUCUCUGAAACUCACUUAGAUAAUACAUUUGAUGAUACAGUGGUAGCAAUACAAGGUUAUAACAUUUACAGAAAAGACAAAAAUGCCAACGAGGGCGGUGUUGCGGUCUAUAUUCAGAACCACAUUCCUGUAAAGCUUAGAGAGGAUCUCAUGUUAAAUACUGUUGAAGUAAUAUGGCUACAGGUUCACAUGCCUAAAGCCCAUUCUGGUGGGCAGCUGCUAUAGACCACCAAGCGCUGACCGUCAGUAUCUGGAUAACGUGUGAAAUGCUUGAUAAUAUAUGUGAUAUCAAUAGAGAGGCAUACUUUCUGGGUGAUUUAAAUAUUGACUGGCUUUCAUCAGGCUGCCCACUCAAGAGAAAGCUUCAAACUGUAACUAGUGCCUGCAACCUGGUUCAGGUUAUCAAUCAACCUACCAGGGUAGUUACAAACAGUACAGGAAUGAAAUCAUCAACAUGUAUUGAUCAUAUCUUUACUAAUGCUGCAGAAAUUUACUUGAAAGCAGGAUCCAAAUCCAUUGGAUGUAGUGAUCACAAUUUAGUAGCCAUAUCUAGGAAAAUCAAAGUUCCAAAGGCUGGGCCUAAUAUUGUGUAUAAGAGGUCAUACAAUAUGUUUUAUAGUGAUUCCUAUGUUGUUGAUGUGAAUAAUAUUUGUUGGUCUGUGGUGUGUAAUGACGAGCAACCAGACGCUGCACUUCACACAUUUAUGAAAUUGCUUAUCCCAGUUACUAAUAAGCAUGCACCCAUUAAGAAAAUGACUGUAAAAACUGUUAAAUCCCCAUGGAUUGAAAAAGGAAUUGAAAAAUGGUAUGGUUGAGAGGGAUGAGGCAAAAGAGAUGGCAAAUAGGUCUGGCUGAACAACCAAUUGGCAAACGUACUGCAAAUUGAGAAAUAAUGUGACUAAACUGAAUAAAAAGAAGAAGAAACUACACUAUGAAACAAAGAUAAAUGACAUAAAGAAUGAUAGUAAAAAGCUUUGGAGCACCUUAAAUGAAAUUUUGGGCAAAAAGGCAAACUCCGCUCCAUCAUUCAUUGAAUCAGAUGGCUCAUUCAUCACAAAACCCCCUGAUAUUGCCAACUACUUUAAUGAUUUUUUCAUUGGCAAGAUUAGCAAAUUUAGGCAUGACAUGCCAGCAACAAACGCUGACACUACACAUCCAAGUAUAUCUGACCAAAUUAUGAAAGACAAACAUUGUAGUUUUGAGGUGAAAAAAGUAUUAUUGUCGAACAACAAUGACAAGCCACCGAGGUCUGACAACUUGGAUGGAAAAUGACUGAGGAUAAUAGCGGACAAUAUUGCCACUCCUAUUUGCCACAUCUUCAAUUUAAGCCUACUAGAAAGUGUGUGCCCUCAGGCCUGGAGGUAAGCAAAAGUCAUUCCGCUACCUAAGAAUACUAAAACCCCCUUAACUGGCUCAAAUAGCCGACCAAUCAGCCUGUUACCAACCCUUAGUCAACUUUUGAAAAUAAUUGUGUUUGACCAUAUAAAAUGCUAUUUUACAGUAAACAAAUUGACAACAGACUUUCAGCACACUUAUAGGGAAGGACAUUCAACAAGCAUAGCACUGACACAAAUGACUGAUGAUUGGCUGAUGAUACAAAUAUUGUGGGGGCUGUUUUGUUAGACUUCAGUGCGGCUUUUGACAUGAUCGAUCAUAGCCUGUUGCUGGAAAAACGUAUGUGUUAUGGCUUUACACCCCCUGCUAUAUUGUGGAUAAAGAGUUACCUGUCUAACAGAACACAGAGGGUGUUCUUUAAUGGAAGCCUCUCCAACAAAAUCCAGGUAGAAUCAGGAAUUCCCCAAGCCAGCUGUCUAGGCCCCUUACUUUUUUAUAUCUUUACUAAUGACAUGCCACUGGCUUUGAGUAAAGCCAUUGUGUCUAUGUAUGCGGAUGACUCAACACUAUACACGUCAGCUACCACAGCGACUGAAAUGACAGCAACACUUAACAAAGAGCUGCAGUUAGUUUCAGAAUGGGUGGCAAGGAAUAAGUUAGUCCUAAAUAUUUCAAAACCUCAAAGCAUUGUAUUUGGGACAAAUAAUUUACUAAAUCCUAAACCUCAACUAAAUCUUGUAAUGAAUAAUGUGGAAAUUGAGCAAGUUGAGGAGGCUAAAUUGCUUGGAGUAACCCUGGAUUGUAAACUGUCAUGGUCAAAACGUAUUGAUACAACAGUAGGAUGGGGAGAAGUCUGUCUAUAAUAAAGCGUUGCUCUUCAUUCUUAACAGCACUAUCAACAAGGCAGGUCCUACAGGCCCUAGUUUUGUCGCACCUGGACUACUGUUCAGUCGUGUGGUCAGGUGCCACAAAGAGGGACUUAGGAAAAUUGCAAUUGGCUCAGAACAGAGCAGCACGGCUGGCCCUUGGAUGUACACAGAGAGCUAACAUUAAUCUCUCCUGGCUCAAAGUGGAGGAGAGAUUUACUUCAUCACUACUUGUAUUUGUGAGAGGUAUUGACAUGAUGAAUGCACCGAGCUGUCUGUUUGAACUACUGGUGCACAGCUCGGCCACCCAUGCAUACCCCACAAGACAUGCCACCAGAGGUCUCUUCAGAGUCCCCAGUUCAAGAACAGACUAUGGGAGGCGCACAGUACUACUAAUACUCUAUUCCACAUCAAGUAACUGAUGCAAGCAGUAAAAUUUGAUUUAAAAAACUGAUAAAAAAAAACUUUAUGGAACAGUGGAGAUUGUGAAGCAACACAAACACACGAUAACAUAAGCACUAUACACACAUUGAUUUUGUGUUAUAGAUAUGUUGGAGAUUAUAACAGAACCAUGCCAAGAUGUUCAAAAAUGUUCAUAAGUGACAAGCAUGGUCAAAUAAUAAUCAGGAAUAAAUCUCAGUUGGCUUUUCAUAGCCGAUCAUUAGAGUUUAAAACAGCAGGUCUGGGACAGGUAGGGGUUCCAUAACCGCAGGCAGAACAGUUUAAACUGGAAUAGCAGCAAGGCCAGGCGGACUGGGGAUAGCAAGGAGUCACCACGGCCGGUAGUCCCGACGUAUGGUCCUAGGGCUCAGGUCUCUCAGUUGGCUUUUCAUAGCCGAUCAUUUAGAGUUGAAAACAGCAGGUCUGGGACAGGUAGGGGUUUCGUAGCCGCAGGCAGAACAGUUGAAACUGGAAUAGCAGCAAGGCCAGGCGGACUGGGGGCAGCAGGGUGUCAUCAUGCCCGGUAGUCCUGACGUAUGGUCCUAGGGCUCAGGUUCUCAGAGAGAAAGAGAGAACGAGAGAAUUAGAGAGAGCAUACUUAAAUUCACACAGGACACUGGAUAAGACAGGAGAAGUACUCCAGGUAUAACCAACUAACCCCAGCCCCCCGACACAUAAACUACUGCAGCAUAAAUACUGGAGGCUGAGACAGGAGCGGUCCGGAGACACUGUGGCCCCAUCCGAAGAAACCCCCGGACAGGGCCAAACAGGAAGGAUAUAACCCCACCCACUCCGCCAAAGCACAGCCCCCGCACCACUAGAGGGAUAUCCCCAACCACCAACUUACAAUCCUGAGACAAGGCCGAGUAUAGCCCACAGAGGUCUCCACCACAGCACAAACCAAGGGGGGGGGGGGGCGCCAACCCAGACAGGAAGAUCACGUCAGUAACUCAACCCACUCAAGUGACGCACCCCUCCCAGGGACGGCAUGAAAGAGCACCAGCAGGCCAGUGACUCAGCCCCUGCAACAGGGUUAGAGGCAGAGAACCCCAGUGGAGAGGGGAACCGGCCUGGCAGAGACAGCAAGGGCUGUUCGUUGCUCCAGCCUUUCCGAAGUAGAGUAGAGGCCUGAGGGCACACACUUAAUAUCUUGUGAAAUCUGUUAUGAAUGUAUUGUAAUGUUUUAAAAAUGUAUAACUGCCUUAAUUUUGCUGGACCCCAGGAAGAGUAGCUGCUGCCUUGGACGCAGGCUCACCACUGGAGGGUGCUAUAGACCUACGAGAGGAGGAGAUGGAACAGUCUGUCUCAGGUCAAUGAGUCCAAUGCAAUACUCUUUAUCCAAGGAUGUCUUGAUAUACUGUGUAGAAGAAGAGUAAAAAUACACAUUUUAUUAAUUGCAAUGCUCCUGAUUAGAGGAAAUCAGGUUUCACCUUCUCUUUUUUCUUCAUCUCUCCCUUCCCAGGUCUGACAUUCACCCUGGACCCCUCUGCUGCUGCUCCAUCCCUCCAUCUCUCCACCUCCUCUCUCACUGUGACCUUCCACGGACCAAGCCCUCCGCCACUACCCUCUCGCCACCAUAGCAACAGGGUCACGGGGUCAGUAACAAGCACUGGAUCCCAGGAGUCUGCCCCCCAGCCACUCCCUCAGGUGUGUGGGGACGUGGUCAUCGUCAGGGGUCAGUUCUACUGGGAGGUGGAUGUCUGCAACAGCACCCUCUACAGGAUAGGUGAGGAAGUGCACCCUAAUCCACCUGGCCGUUAUUUACUGGUGGUGGCAGAACAAGUACAAAUCCCUGCUUUGAUAAUAAUACUCUUAGUCUCUGGCAUGCUGAUAAAUUCCUACUGACCGACAUAAAUAUGAAUUUCCAUGGGCUAUAUUUCUUACACAAUCAUGUGGCGGUUGUAGCCUACAAAUACAUACAGGCAGUCUUGUGCAAAUGCUCCAGCACAAUAUUGUCUCUAGUGCAUACAGGACACAGGCUGUCUGUCCUACAUAAAGUUCAUUCACAUCCUUUAACUCUGCUCUGUGGUGCCACCCAGUGGUGAACAGGAUGUCAGCAGGGAUAUCCCAGCACUUGGCUGAACCACUAACAAUUUAAUUGUUUCUUUAACUAUUUCUUGUUGGCUUACAAGGCAUAUUGACAUCUGCUCUCUGUAAACAACAGAAAACUCUAAUAAUUUGGCCCAGCAACAAGCCAUAAACAAUCUGUUGAUUUGCAUUAAAUAUGACAGAAAUGUGCAGCUUCAUCAUUAACUGUAGAGAGUCAGGCCAAAUACGUAUUAGUGGUUGUUGACCAUGAUGACUAGCACUGUCGACAGAGCUGUACUUAGGGAAUAGGGAUACUAAGCGAGGCAAUAUGGGAUGGGAACAGCAUUGAUAUUUCACAUAUUAUUGCUGACUCGUGCCUAUCCCACAUCAAAAAAUAUUACAGUUUACUAUAGAAUACUACAGUACUUAUAUAGAAUUCUGUAGUAAACUGUACUAUACUGUAGAAUACUAUACUACACACUGUAGAAUACCUCUAUCAUGUGUAGUACUUACUAUAGAAUGGUGUAGUAUACUGUAAAAUACUAUAGUAAAUACUACAGUAUACUACAGACCACAAACACUACAGUAAACUCUACAGUAAAUACUUCAGUAAUGUCCGCAAAAACACUACUGUCUGCAAAAACACUGCAGUAAUUACUAUAGUGUAUAUACUACAGUAUUUCAUUUGCAUAUACCCUGCCCAGUCUGUUCCUACUCCAAUCAACAUGUUUUUAUUCAGGCAAAAUGAGGCAACAAAUAUGUAGCGUUGUUGAGUGCAGAAACAGUCAUGUAUGCCCCAGGAACCUAUUUCAUGAUGACAUUGCAAAGUAUAUUGGCACGAUAUUUGAAGACAUAAUUUCCCAUGAUGUCUGUUUUGUGACACAGAAAGCAACCACCUUUCCUAUUUUCCAUACAGGAGUGAGCUCAUUGGACGAUGCUUGCGGCUGGUGGCUGGAAAGGCGGGGCUUGUCCUUCUCCACUAUGUAUGAUAGCCGUCGGGAGCCCUUACGUGCCGUGCCCCCCCAGAUCAAGACCCUAGGGCUGUUUCUCAACAUGGGUGGAGGGGCGCUGAGCUUCCACAACCCUCUGACCCAGGAACACCUGGCCACCCUGCCCACUCGCUUCAGCCAUGCUGGGGUACGUCCCGCUCUGGGGCUGGGCCAGGGCAGGCUGAGACUUCACUGUGGCCUUCCCCCUCCGCCCCACGUCUUCCUCAGCCCAACGUCUGUCUAUAGAGGGCCUACUGGAGCUGGUGAGGGUCGCUGGCGCAGAGACGUGCCCUUCCGGUCUGUACGGACGGUCAUCCAGAGGUUUGAGGAGCUGGCGGUGUCAGAUUCUGACUCAGGGCUGGUAUCCAGUUUUGGGUCGUCCUGCUCCACUCUGGCCGAACCAGGCCCAGGCCUCAGCUUCAGCCUCAGCCCAGGAGCAGCUCUCCAUCCUGGGCAAGAGGGGAAGGAGGCUGGGGCAGAGUGA